AUGGACCUGCGGGGAUCAGCGACAGGGUUCCGGUAUGUCCUGUCCAUUGUGGAUCAUCACACUCGGUUUAUACAGCUGGUUCCACUACGUGACAAGAGUGCCAAUAGAGAGCUGCGGGCUUUUGUGGACCACUACGUGACACUCUUUGGGCCGCCUGACCAUCUCCACAUAGACAAUGGCCUGGAGUUCUCCUCUGAUGAGUGGCGCUCGCUUCUGGAGGCCUUACAGGUGGAGCACUCUUUUUCAGUGGCUUAUCACCCCCAGUCCAAUGGGGUGGUGGAGCGCACCAACAGGACAGUGAAGGACGCAUUGGCGGUGCUGGCUAGGCAGGCUCCUUUGCAGUGGCCCACUCAUCUGUUUGCUGUGCGCAUCGCCCUGAACUCGGCCAUCCACCGGGCCGUGGGUGACCAGCCGCUGUACUUGCUGUUAGGUCGUAUGGCGCUCUUUGGGAAGGGCCUGACUAACCGCCAGACUGUGGACCCGGACCUGUCUUUGGCACGCCUUGCAGACGCUCGCCGCCUAGCUGUUGAGGUGAGCAGGAAGAUGCGAGAGACCAACAAGGCCCAUUAUGACCAGGCUGCUCGCACCUCAGGCCCUUAUGAGGAAGGCGCUCUGGUCUUGGGCAAGAUCCAAGGGAACCGUGGACCUUUGGGUGAUCACUGGCUUGGUCCCUGCAGCGUGCAGAAGCGGUUAGGCCCUGUUAGUUACAAUGUCCUGGACCUUCGGCCCCCAUACCGUACUGUCAGGGUCCAUGCCAACCAGAUGCGCCCCUGA